AGACAAGCCGACCUCUGUGUGGAUUAUAGAACUGCAGCAGGAGGGAGAGGACGCAGGACACGGCGAACACAAUAUCAUGAUCAGGAGCCAGCGACCCUCCCCGUGACCAUGGCCCCGCGGACGAGAAGCCGCCAUGCCCUGGGCUUCCUCUGCUGCUUCGGGGGCAAUGACCUGCCCCCCGAGAUCAACCUCAAGGACAACCACCCUCUUCAGUUCCUGGACUUCUCCAUACCCAUCCCAUCCGCCGAUGAGCUCGAUGCCCGCUUCUCUGAGCUGGUGGAUGAGCUGGACCUCACAGACAAGAACCGGGAGGCGGUGUUCGCCCUCCCGCCGGAGAAGAAGUGGCAGAUCUACUGCAGCAAAAAGAAGGAACAAGAGGAUCCCAACAAGCUGGCGACCAGCUGGCCGGAUUAUUAUAUCGACCGCAUCAACUCCAUGGCUGCAAUGCAGACCCUGUACGAAUUUGACGAGGAGGAGACGGAGAUGAGGAACAAAGCUGUUGAAGACUUGAAGACGGCCUUGCGAACUCAGCCCAUGAGGUUCGUGACCCGCUUCAUGGAGCUGGACGGGCUGAGCUGCCUGCUGAGCUUCCUGAAGUGCAUGGACUACCAGACGUCGGAGAGCCCCAUCCACACCGCCGUCAUCGGCUGCGUCAAGGCCCUGAUGAACAACACCCAGGGCCGGGCCCACGUGCUGGCCCACCCCGAGAGCAUCGACGUCAUCGCCCAGAGCCUGCGCACCGAGAACGUCAAGACCAAGGUGGCCGUGCUGGAGAUCCUGGGGGCCGUCUGCCUCGUGCCCGGUGGCCACCGCAAGGUCCUUCAGGCUAUGCUUCAUUACCAGGUCUACGCCUCCGAGAGGACCAGAUUUCAGACCUUACUGAACGAGCUGGACCGCAGCAUGGGCCGCUACAGGGAUGAAGUUAACCUCAAGACGGCCAUCAUGUCCUUCAUCAAUGCCGUCCUCAACGCUGGUGCCGGGGAGGACAACCUGGAGUUCCGGCUGCACCUGCGGUAUGAAUUCCUCAUGCUGGGCAUCCAGCCCGUCAUCGACAAGCUGCGGGGGCAUGAAAAUGCCACCCUGGACCGGCACUUGGAUUUCUUCGAGAUGAUCCGGAACGAGGAUGACCUGGAGCUGGCCAAGCGGUUUGAUGUGGUUCACGUUGACACCAAGAGCGCCUCACAGAUGUUUGAGUUGAUCAAGAAGAAGUUGAAGCACACAGAAGGCUACCCCUACCUGCUCUCUGUCCUCCAGCACUGCCUGCAGAUGCCCUAUAGACGGAAUGGGGGCAGCCUCCAUCAGUGGCAGCUUCUGGAUCGGAUCCUGCAGCAGAUCGUCCUGCAGGACGAGAAGGGCGUCGAUCCCGACCUGGCCCCGCUGGAGAACUUCAACGUCAAAAACAUCAUCAAGAUGCUGGUAAACGAAAAUGAGGUAAAGCAGUGGAGGGAGCAGGCCGAGAAGUUCCGCAAAGAGCACACGGAGCUGGCCAGCCGCUUAGAGAGAAAGGAGCGUGAGUGCGAGACCAAGACGCAGGAGAAGGAUGAGAUGAUGAAGACGCUGAACAAGAUGAAGGACAAACUCCAGCGGGAGUCCCUGGAGCUGAGGCAGGCCCGGGAGCACAUGGCUGAGCUGGUAGCUCAACUCAGUGAGUUCUCGCAGGGAGGCUCCAUCUCCUUCCCUCCGCCCCCACCCCCUGGAGGACCAGCAGCCCUGCCAUCUGCCCUCGUGUCCGGCGACCUGCCCCCACCCCCACCACCCCUGCCCUUUGUCUGCUGCCCACCCCCACCUCCUCCUCCCCCUCCGGGGGCCCCUCCCUGCUUCGGCCCGCCGCCCCCACCCAUCUCUUCCUGUGGCGGUGGCGGCGGCUCCACUCCAAGAAGGAAGUGCGUCCCACAGCCUUCUCACCCUCUCAAGUCCUUCAACUGGGCCAAGCUGACCGAGGAGAAGAUCCAUGGCACUAUCUGGCAUGACAUCGAUGACCUGAGGGCCUUCAAAGUGCUGGACUUGGAAGACUUUGAAAAAAUGUUCUCCGCUUAUCAGAGACACCAGGACCUACUCCCCAACUCCGCCCCCUCCAAGCAGAAGGAGCUGGGCUCGACGGAAGACCUGUAUCUGUCCAGCCGCAAGGUCAAAGAGCUGUCUGUCAUCGAUGGCCGGAGAGCCCAGAAUUGCGUCAUUCUCCUCUCCAAGUUGAAGUUGUCCAACGAGGAGAUCCGGCGGGCAGUGAUGAGGAUGGAUGAGCAAGAGGACUUGGCCAAAGACAUGUUGGAACAGCUCCUCAAGUUUGUCCCGGAGAAGAGCGACAUUGACCUGCUGGAGGAACACAAGCACGAGAUUGAGCGAAUGGCCCGGGCGGACCGCUUCCUCUACGAAAUGAGCAGGAUUGAUCACUACCAGCAGCGACUGCAGGCUCUCUUCUUCAAGAAGAAGUUUCCAGAGCGUCUGGCGGAGUCCAAGCCCAAGGUGGAAGCCAUUCUGCUGGCCUCGAAGGAGCUGACCCGCAGCAAACGGCUGAAGCAGCUGCUGGAGGUGGUGCUCGCCUUCGGCAACUACAUGAACAAGGGGCAGCGGGGCAGUGCCUACGGGUUCAAGGUCGCCAGUCUCAACAAGAUUGCCGACACCAAGUCCAGCAUAGACAGGAACAUCACGCUGCUGCAUUACCUGAUCAUGAUCUUCGAGAAGAAUUACCCCGACAUCCUCAACGUGCAGGCCGAGCUGCAGCACCUGCCCCAGGCCGCCAAAGUCAACCUGGCCGAGCUGGAGAAGGAAAUAAACAACAUCAAGAACGGGCUGCGAGCGGUGGAGGCGGAACUGGAUUACCAGGAGCGCCGAACACGAGAAGCCGGGGAUAGGUUCGUUCCUGUCAUGCGGGAUUUCAUCACUGUGGCCAGCUUCGGCUUCUCCGAGCUGGAAGAUCUGCUGAACGAGGCCAGGGAUAAGUUCACCAGGACACUGAAGCACUUUGGAGAGCACGAGGGUCACAUGCAGCCGGACGAAUUCUUCGGCAUCUUCGACACCUUCCUUCUGUCCUUCGUGGAGGCCAAGCAGGACCUGGACAACAUGAGGAAGAAGAAGGAGGAGGAGGAGCGGCGGGCCCGAAUGGAAGCCAUGCUGAAGGAGCAACGGGAACGGGAGCGGCAGCGGCAGAAGAAGACACCGGUGGGUAGUCCCACGGAGGAGAGCGGGGAGUUCGACGACCUGGUGCUGGCCCUGCGCUCCGGCGAGGUCUUCGACAAGGACUUGUCCAAGCUCAAGAGGAACAGGAAGCGGUCAGGAAGCCAGGCCCUGGACACCAGCAGGGAGCGGGCGGCCACCAAGCUAAAUUAUUGACAGCAGGGAUGCAGGCGGUGGACAGAAGAACCGGGGAGGGGGAGGGUGAAUAGGAUCUUGCUCCCACCCUUUCCCUCGAGUGUCACCUCCCAAAAAAACUCCUGUUCCUUCCCAGCCCCCUCCCCAACCCCUCUACCACCUCCAGAGCUGGAGGGCAGGUUACUGGGGGCCUCCGGUCACCCCAAAAUACUCUGGCCAGAGGUGCUCAGAGAGAAGACCCCCCAGCUGGCCAUGUAGAAGGGAUGGAUAGGGGCCUAUCACGCCCCCCGUCAAGCUGACUGCCCCUCCAUCCCAGGAGAGGCCCGGCCUCAGCCCAGAGAGCCAGACUGACCUCUCAGUGGUCGUUAGCGUAGUCUCGUGUCCGGUUGUGGAUCCGCCUUGGGACUGUUCAUUCUCCAGGCCUCUCCCACCACGCGUGGACAGGCGGGGUCUCAGAGCCAGCCCAGACUAAGACCUGUCAUUCAGAAGACCAAACAGGGUCUUCCAGCUUUGGAACCGAGAGGGAGGAGGCUGGGUCCGGAGUUGGAAGCAAACCCUUCCAACUUGGAGAGGAAAGG